AUGGGAGAUCCUCUAAGCUUGCAACUUUUUGAUCGUCCAGGUAUGGCUUUGGUCUCUGUACCUCUCAUAGGAACUAACUUUCAAUCUUGGAAUAGGGUUGUUAGAAUAGCCUUAGGUGUCAAAAUGAUGUUAGAGUUUGUCAAAGGAACAGUUUCGACACCUAGUAAGGAUUCUAAGGGUUACGAAAAGUGGAGAAGAUGUGACUUCAUGAUCACAUCUUGCAUUCUUAACUCCAUCUCCAAAGAGUUGGUGGAUGGAUUCAUCUAUAUUGCUUCUGCUAGAGACCUCUGGUUAGAGAUCUGUGAAAGAUUUGGAGAAUGCAACAGGCCUAUGAUAUAUAAGUUGCAUCGAAAAAUUUCUCCUAUAUCUCAAGAGAAUGCUUCUGUCUCUGUCUACUUUACUAAGCUAAAGAGAUUUUAUGAUGAGCUUAGCUCAAUGGAAACUCUCCCUAUUUGUAUCUGUGGGGUUUCUAGAGCGAUUACAGAAAUAACGAGUAGAAACAGACUUAUGUAG